UCACCAACAUGCACCUGCGCUUGUUUGAAGUGGCCAGAGACCACCUACAUCAGACAGAUACGGGGAAGAUAGUAACAUAACAGUAGAGAACUCUGACAGACAUCACCUCAAUCAAGUAUCAAUGUUAGCACCACCAGAGCCAAGACAAAGCAAUGGCUGGCACCCUGGACAGGAUGCACUGAGAAGGGGUGCAACAUCGUCUCUGAGGAAUGUACCAGGUGAUCGGGGGUAUCAUCUCUCCUGUCAACGACCACUACAGGAAGCAAGACCUUGUGGCUGCCCACCACCGGGUGGCCAUGGCCCGGCUGGCCCUGCAGACGUCCGACUGGGUCCGGGUGGACCCCUGGGAGAGCGAGCAGCUGCAGUGGAUGGAGACAGUGAAGGUGCUGAGGCAUCAUCACAGUGAACUGCUCAGAUCUCUACCCCAGAGGGAAGGCCCAGACCACGGCAGGGCUCGCUGCACAGCCCCCACAGCUGUGCCAGAGCUGAAGCUGCUCUGCGGGGCAGACGUCCUGAAGACCUUCCAGACCCCCAACCUCUGGAAAGACACACACAUCCAGGAGAUCGUGGAGAAGUUCGGUGUGGUGUGCGUGAGCCGCACAGGUCACAACCCAAAGGAAUACAUCUCAGGCUCACCCAUCCUGCACCAGUACCGGCACAACAUUCACCUGGCCAGGGAGCCCGUGCAGAACGAGCUCAGCUCCACGUACGUCCGGCAGGCCCUGAGCCAGGGGCACAGCGUGAAGUACCUGCUCCCAGAUGCCGUCAUCACCUACAUCAGGGACCACAACCUCUACACCAGGGACAGUUCCUGGAAAGGCAGCAGCACCCAGAGGAGUGAAGGAAAGACAGGCUGGGAAGAGUCAACCACUCCACAGAGCUCCUCCUGACCAAAGGGCAGUCAAGGUCUUGGGCUUUUUUUUUUUUUUUCUUC